AUGAGCGAAUCGAAAGGGAAAGUUGCAAUUAUAGGAAGCGGAUUAAUAGGAACAUGUUGGGCGACGCUCUUUGUCAGCGCCGGCUAUACGAUUUGCCUUUACGACAUCUCGCAAAAUCAGCUCGAAUCAUCAAGGCAAACCAUAUUGAAGAACCUCCAGACACUCAUCAACGAUGGCCUUUCAAGAGGCGAUAUAACCGUGGCCGUGGCACAAAAAAGGAUUACGACUACUUCGACGUUAAGUGAAGCACUGAUUGGUGCUAUUUAUGCACAGGAAUCCACAUGUGAAGAUGUUGAGUUUAAGAGGAAAAUCUUUGCUGAGAUGGAUUUAUGGGCCUCGUCAGAUACUAUACUGGCUAGCAGCACAUCAACAAUCCCUGCAUCAACGUUCACCGGAAGUCUUUCUCAUCGAUCUCAGUCCCUCGUCGCUCAUCCAGUCAAUCCACCUCUUUAUCUUACGCUCGUUGAAAUUGUCCCUGCGCCAUGGACAAGUGACCCUGUGGUACGAAGGACUUAUGAAAUCAUGAAGGAUAUUGGGCAAGAACCUGUCCGUCUUCAUCACGAGGUUCUCGGUUUCGCUGUGAAUCGUCUACAAUAUGCUUUACUUGCUGAAGCAUGGCGACUUGUUGGCAAUAAUGUGCUAUCACCUGAAGAUAUCGAUAAAGUUAUGAUUGCUGGUCUCGGACCACGUUAUGCAAUUCACGGGCCACUGCAAACCGUACACCUAAAUGCAAACGGUAUACGAGACUACUUCUUUCGCUACGGUGAAGGAAUUCGACGAGUUCUAGCCGACUUCGGUGCAACACCGACGUUCAAGGAAGCAGACGUACUCGAAAAGUUAGAAACGUCUCUAAACAAAAGUAUGCCUCUUGAUCAACUGAGAACAAAGAAAGCCGAACGAGAGCGUAAUUUAGCACUUCUGAAAAGCCUUAAGAAGAAGAUGGAGUAG